AGCCGUCGUAAGUAUUUCUGCAAGCCGCGACUGCGAAGUGCACCUGCAUUUCUUUACCAUCUCAGCCGCCGUCUUUAGAAAAAAGGGAGAGACACUGGGGGACGAACGAAGAUACGAAGCGGGAGCGCUCCCGUCAGAAUUCCCGCAUAACAACGACCACCCAAGGAAGAAGAAGUUUUCUUGUGAGAGGUGCAUUGGAUCUCUCUGUACUCAGCAACCUCUCUCCACACACACACACAGACACAGCUCCUCGUUCAACACCAUACGUCCUUUUAUUAUUAUUAUUAUUCUUGCACGGUUCGUAAUGACCUCGGUUGACGCCUCCAGGGACGCUCCUGUGAGCGUUUCGCCUGCCUCCGCCAAUCGCGCCACCGCCACCACCACAGCAACAACAGCCAGCAGUAGAGCUGCCGCUCCACUCGCGACCCGGCCCUCGCAGCAGCAGCUCCCGCGUUCGUCUGCCUCCUCGUCUCCGUCCUCUGCAAGGCACCCCGACGUACUCGCCGGCUACUCCAGCCUGCCCAAGUCAGUAGUGAGUGAUGACGUGGACAUGGGCGAUGUCGUGCCGCGUGGACGCGCCGACAGGUCCAGCCACCACAGCAGUGCCGCAGCCCUGUCGGCGAACUCUGCUGAACGGCUGCGUGGCGACGAUGACGAUAAUGGUGCUGUGGUGGUGGCCGCAGAGGCAUCGACAGCAUCCCCCCGCCCCCUCCAGACAUCCGCUACACACGAUAGAAGGGCGUCACCGCUGGCACGCGGGGAGGGCAGCUGGGUGCGAUCGCAGCGAUCCGCGACGGCAGCCUCGACGACCACCACCACAACAGCAACAAGUGCGCGUGCAACUGCAGCGGCACCGGCGGCCCAACAACCACCUCCUCCGUCUUCGCCUCCGCUUAGCGAGCAGCAACGGCGACGACAGCACCAGCAGCAGCAGCAGCGUCCAACUCUGGGCGUAUCUCCUUCAUCCCCCUCCGCUGCCGCUGCCGCUGCUCCCUCGCCUUCCUCGUCGCCGCAGCACCAGCCGUAUCACAGUGCGACAGAUGUGGUCCGUGUGCGAGCCGCGCUGGCAGAUGCCGGCUAUCCCAACCCGUCCUGGCAGGACAUCGAGCGAGUGUUUGCGCAGAUGGCGGAGACGAGGCACGACAACGUCGGUCAGCCGUCGGACGGGCGUAGCCGGCAAGGUGCAACGGUCGAUGAUCUUGGGUACAGUUACCCGACAAGAGUGCCGCCGUCGAACGAGAAGAACAGCAGCAGCCUCCUGCCCUACGUGGAGCCCGCCCUCCGUCUGGAGCGCUACAUCCAGCUGCGCGAGCGCGAGUUGGAGAACAUGUUUCUGCACCCCACCGCAGCAGCGGCGGUCACCAUCCCACCAAGCCCCGCGCCGCGAGGGGAGGACCACGCGCGUGGACACGCCCCAGCUGCGCGGCCGGCGGGCCACACCGCUCCGUCCCGUCCCCACAGCACGGUCGCCACCAUGGCCGCGAAGCACCGGCGCGCGGCGAACAUCGUGUUCAACAUCACGGGAGAUCAGCGCUUCCGCUUUUUCUCGUGCACGCGCACCCCGCAAGGCUCCGGCGCGCUCGUGUGCUCGUCUCCACGCACGACGAGGGCCGUCCACGCAGCAGCAGCCGCAAGUGGGCAGGAUCGAACUCGCUCGGGCACCGCGCUGCCUUCGCCUUCCUUCACCCCCGUCCACCGCUCGCCUGUUCACAACUUCUACAACCCAGAGCGCGGCGGCGGCGGUGGUGGCCACCACCACCACCAGCACGGUUCUGCCUCCUCUUAUUUGAAUCCGAACUCUGGUCCGUCGGUGCUGUCGAGCAACAGCGUUGCCUACCUCGACCCGCAAGGUUGCACGCUGCGGCGCAAGGCUGACCCGGUGAAGCGCGGGCAGCAAAUGCGGUUGCUGUGGGAGAAGGAUAACUUUUUAUCGCAGCGCCGUCGCCCGCAGGAGGCGUGGCGGACACGGCAGAUUACGAUGGCCUAUGGACAAGAAGCCACGGGUGAGUAA